GUUUCCUUCGCCUUCGGCUCGAUGGCCCAAAAUCCCGACGCAAAUGGCUAUGCUCUCGUAGAUUCCCUUCCAGAGGAGGAGACUGCUGAUAACAGCGCCGACUAUGAAGACGACUCUCAGGUCCACUUGGCUUCGCUGGUCGAGAAGAAGAGGCUCUGGUGGCGAAAUGCUGUCAUCAACACGGCAUUCAUAGCGUCGUGGUUUCUCUUCGCCACAGUCCUUUCAGUCUAUAACAAAUGGAUGUUCUCGCCGGACCACUUUGGCUUCCCCUCUCCGCUGUUUGUCACGACUCUGCAUAUGUUCGUCCAGUUCUUACUCGCGACAAUCUUAAGAGUAGCGUGGCCUCGUCAAUUCCGCCCCGAGCAGAGCCCCUCACGAGCUGAUUACUUACGCAGAGCCAUUCCGACGGGCAUAACCACUGGACUAGACAUCGGACUAUCUAACCUCUCCUUGAAGCUCAUUACAUUAUCUUUCUAUACAAUGUGUAAAUCAUCAUCACUCAUAUUCGUCCUCCUGUUCGCUUUCCUGUUCCAUCUUGAGCACUUUUCGCUCAGGCUCAUCGGCGUUAUCGCCCUAAUCUUCGCGGGAGUACUGCUGAUGGUCGCGACCGAGACGCACUUUGUCCUGCCCGGCUUCCUGCUCGUCAUGAGCGGGAGCGCUCUCGGAGGAUUCCGCUGGAGUCUCACACAGCUACUGCUCAGAAACAAGAAGAUGGGCUUCAACAAUCCACCCGCCACUGUAUUCUGGCUCGCACCCAUCAUGGGCGUCACGCUCGCCAUCACUACUGUGUUCGUCGACGGCUGGUCGAGGAUUUUCAGCAACGCUUUCUUCGACGGAGCCUCGGCAUCGCUGCGGACGUGUCUCUUCUUGAUUUCUCCGGGAGUGCUGGCCUUCUGCAUGGUAUUGAGCGAAUUCUACAUCCUCCAACGUGCGGGAGUCGUCCCGAUGUCAAUAGCCGGCAUAGCCAAGGAAGUCACCACUAUCAGCAUCUCUGCGUGGUUCUUCGGGGAUGAGCUGACGCCCCUCAACAUCACUGGAGUGGCGAUCACAGUCUGCGGCAUUGCACUGUACACUUUCCACAAAUACCGUUUAUCCAUGGACGCGAAGGUGCCCCUUGACGCCCACGGGAACCCGAUUGUUGAGGACACGGAGAGCAGCGCGGAAGAGACCGUUGCUUUGCAGGACGACCUAUCAGAUGAAGGGCUACGCCACACAUCAGAACCUGAUGCUAGGAGCGGCCUCGAUUCGCAUCCGGAACAAACUUCGCUCCUUGACCGCGAUCUGCUCUUUGAUGUGGGCAGUGAUGGCGGAGCAGGGUCCCCAGAUGCGAAUGAAGACGAUACAAUCGCAAAGCCCAAGGACGCUGAGUUGGCAGCGCAAUAUCUAGAUGAUCAGGCGCAGGAUCUACAUAGAGUGUGGAAGAGAGACGCUGAUGCUGUAGUUGACCAGUUGCAGUGAUCUGCAUUCGGAAUUCAGGACGCGUCUCCUACCGCCGGGACGAGGUGCAACGUGCGAAAAGACUGCGAAUAGAUUGGUCUGUUGAGGUCAGAAGGUAUGGCGUCUCGUGUCUGGACUCGGUGCGUGCGUGUGUAUACUUUGCUUGGUUUCGGUGGCGUAAAUCCGAUCGCCGACGCUAGCCAUCGUUUUUGCCUUGCGUGCGUAUCUAUCAUCGCGUAUGCGAGUUUUCAUGCGAUUUCGACUGUUUGCGGUGGGCAAGGAGCGAUAGCUCGGUCUGCUGCGCCAUGCGCUCACCGCUUCCUC